AUGGGUAUCAAGUCAAUUAGGAAGGUCGAUCCCGUUGAAGAUUCGAAGAAAGUGUAUCCAACGGUCAAGGAUUUUUUAAGGCUACCAGUGAUCUACUACAACACCGUUGGCCUGGAACCCUACGACUCCUCGAUUGGCGACAAGAAACGUGGAAUCCUUUUCCACUUGUACUUCGUCUAUCAGAUAACCAACUUGCUCUUUUGGUUUUCAAUGGAAUGCCUUUAUGUGGUAGUUUCCUUUCGGAACAACGAGAACUUCCUUAAUGCCACCAUGGUGCUGGGCUAUGCCGGUUUUGCUGUCGUUGGUGCCAUGAAGUUCAUCUCGGUGAUGAUUCGGAAAAGCAAGAUGACCAUUCUGGUGAAGCAGUUGGAGUCGAACUUUCCGCCUCCGCGAGCAAAGGAGCAGGAGGAAUAUGCAGUCGCUUACUACCUGAAGCGCUGUCAUCGGUUUACCAAGGGAUUUGGACUGCUCUACACGAGCUUGGUUGUGAUAUACAACCUUUUCGAAAUCCUCCAGUACACCAUUCGUUCUCUUCUCAACUCACCGAACGCCAAGCAAACCCUGCCCUUCGUGGACAUGGCUCUUUGGAACUACAAGGACAGCUGGCUGUUCUACGUGACCUACCUGUCGCAGACGGUAGCGGGAUAUAUGGCCACUUGUGGUCACAUUUCCGCUGACCUCAUGAUCUUCUCCGUGGCCAUGCAGGUGAUCAUGCACUUCGAUCGCCUAACUCUGGCUCUCAAGAACUUUCAGGUGAAAAACAGUUCUGGAUCCGAGACAGGUGCUGAAGAGGACCUGAAGGAGCUGAAGCCAUUGAUUGCCUAUCACAACCAAAUUUUUGAGCUCACGGAAGUAAUGAACGAGGUUUUUGGCAUCCCGCUGCUAGUGAAUUUUGCUUCGUCCUCGAUGCUCGUUUGUUUUGUGGGAUUCCAAAUGACCCUUGGAAUGAGUCCGGAUCGAUUCGUGAAGUUGCUGCUUAUCCUGGUAUCGGCACUGAUUGAGAUAUACCUACUCUGUUUAUUCAGCCAAAUGUUGAUCGAUGCGAGUGCGAGGGUGUCCUAUGCUGUCUACGACAUGAAUUGGAUGCAAGCCGAUUCGCGUUUUCGCAAGAUGCUCAUUUUCCUGAUUCUUAGGUCUCAAAAACCGGUGUGUCUAAAAGCGACGGUUUUCUUAGACGUCUCCAUUACAACAAUGAGUUCCUUUCUGCAAAUGUCUUAUAAAUUCUUCUGUGCGAUUCGGACGAUGUAUCAGUAAAUGGAAG